AUGAUACCAAUACUCAACAGACGACUAAUAUCAAACCAGCGCUGCAUCACAAACAAGCGGGCACUUCUCAUAAGACCAGCACUGAGAAACACAUCCAAGUUUGUAUCCUAUCCUCAUCGUCAUCACCACAACAAUGGCAUAUUAAUUCCCACCAGAAACAUUGGCUUCAUCAAAGUCUUGGCCAAGGCUACGAGAUUACCUGCAUAUUUAGGAGGUGGACUAGCUGCAGGUGGAACAUACAUUGCAUAUAAAGUUGAACAAGCAAGCUCUUACACCCAAGAUCAAUUAAGUCGGUUCAAGGAUUUUACUGAUGGAGUGUUUGACAAGACGGGAGAAUUUUUUAAGAGCAUGAGUGGUGCGGACAGUGUUAAUGGAAGUGGUGGUGGUAAUGGUGGUGGCAGUGGUGGUGGCAGUGGCAGUGGAGGUGGAGAUAACUCUGCCACAGCAAUUGGGGCAACUGCUGCAGCCGUUGGUCUCACCAGUGACGACGAAGAUGAUACCGCAGCGGAGGAAGAUGAUGACGACAUGGAGACUCUCAUUGAAGAAGAUGAUGAAGAAUUUGAAGGACCUGACGAAACCGACGACAAUAUGUUAAACCUCACUCGUCAAAUGAUUGAAAUAAGAAACUUGUUGGCAAGUAUAGAUCAUGACGGGAUCAAGCUACCCUCGAUUGUAGUUAUUGGCUCACAAUCGAGUGGUAAAUCGUCCGUUUUGGAAAGUAUUGUUGGGCAGGAAUUUUUGCCAAAGGGGUCCAACAUGGUUACCAGAAGACCUAUUGAAUUGACAUUGGUAAACACACCAGAGUCAGCUUCAAAUGUCGCUGAAUUGCCUGCUUUGAAAAUCAACAAUUUGACAGAUUUUACACAGUUGCAAAAGAUCUUGUAUGAUUUAAACAUGGCUGUGCCGGAAAGUGAAUGUAUUUCAAACGACCCCAUUCAAGUGACUAUAAGAUCACCGAAAGUGCCAGAUUUGUCAUUGGUUGACUUACCAGGGUAUAUCCAAGUGGAAGCUGCUGACCAACCUACUGAGCUUAAGAAAAAGAUUAGAGAGCUUUGUUUCAAAUACUUGGAGCCCCCAAAUGUUAUUUUAGCGAUUUCUGCAGCGGACGUUGAUUUGGCCAACUCAGCUGCUCUUAGAGCAUCAAGAUUGGCAGACCCUAGAGGGGAAAGAACAAUCGGUGUGAUUACAAAGUUGGAUUUAGUUAGUCCUAAGGAAGCACACCUGAUUUUAACUAACCGCAAAUACCCGUUGAGAUUGGGGUACGUGGGCGUUAUUACAAAAGCUCCACAAGCUAAAGGAAAUGCAAGUUUAUUUUCCAGAAACAAAGUCACUGGUUAUCAGGCAUUCGUAGCGCAGCAGAAUUUUGAACACAAUUAUUUCAAAGAACACAAGGAAGACUUUUAUGGAACUACUGUUGGUACGAGAAACUUGAAAAAGAAACUAAUGAAGGUGUUGGAGAAAACCAUGGCAGCGUCAUUAAGACCAACGCAUUUGGCCAUUCAACAAGAGUUGGAAGAGACAUCGUAUCAGUUCAAAGUUGAAUUCAACGAUCGCCCAUUAACACCAGAAAUGUAUUUGGCAAACAAUAUUGACAUGUUAAAAUUGGGCACCAAGGACUUGAGUCACCAUUUUUCUCGUAAUGAAUUAAAAGCUAUUCUAAAAAAUGCUUUGGAUCAAAAAGUAUUGGAUUUGUUAGCGGAAAGGUAUUGGAACAAACAAUUUGAAUUGAAUAGUUCCACCAUAGUGGAGCCAAACUUGAAGGAACUAACUCAGGCUAUUCAUGAUGAUGAUAUCUAUUGGCACAGGAAACUUGAUCUAGCCUCUGGUUCAUUGACGAAAUUGGGUGUUGGUAGAAUGUCAACAAACUUGAUAACUAAUGCACUUUUAACUGAAGUGGACAAUCUCGUUGACAAUACGCAAUUGAAAAACCAUCCGAUGGCAAAACAAGCAGUUAAAGAUGCCGCUAAAACCGUUUUGAGUGCCAAGUACUACUCCACUGCUGAUCAAGUAGAGAACUGUAUCAAGCCAUACAAGUAUGAAGUUGAAAUUGAAGAUCGUGAGUGGGACGCAUCAAAAGCCAAUGCUGUCGCUUUACUCAAAGAAGAAAUGAGACAAUGUGAUGAAGUUUACAAUGACUUGAAGCAUCAUGUCGGUGGACGUAAAUUGCAACAAGUUGUCACAUAUUUGGAAAAAUUGAAACAAUCCAAAUCAAACGACAUUGACCUCACAUCAAAUGAGACAUUGGGAUUCUCACCAACCUUGAUUCAACGUGGUAAAGAUGCCAUUUUUUUGAAAGAUCGAUUGUCAUUACUUAAAAUGAGGUACCUGUUUAUCAAGAAUUCCAAAAAAUGCAAAUCAAAGGAAAACAAGUAUCAAUGUCCUGAAGUAUUUUUGGAUGCAGUGGCAACAAAGAUAUCCACCACGGCGAUUUUGUUUCUUAAUGUUGAACUAUUGAGCGACUUUUAUUACAAUUUCCCCCGCGAAUUGGAUGUUAAAUUUUUCACCAAUUUAUCUAAGGAUGAAAUUGAACGAUUUGCCAAAGAAGAUUCCAAAGUCAAGAAACAUAUUGAAUUACAAGAACGUAAAGAUUUAUUGGAGAAUGCAUUGAGCAAAAUCGAAAGUGUUUUGGCGAUCCAACGUGGUCAACUGAAAGAUAAAGAAGAGGAACUGAAGUCAAUAUUUAAGUGGUAG